AGGUAAGGAGAGAGAGACAGAGAGAGCAAGAGAUAUAUGCAAAGAGAGGAAGACAGAGAGGGGGAGAAAGACUGAAUCUGUCUGUGUGAGUAAGUUAGUGUAAAGGAAAUACUAGAGUGAGAGGGAGGAAAGGAGUAGAAGGAAAAAAGUUACAGCAAAGUGGAACUCCUGAGAACUCCUUGGAGACUGAGAGAUAUGCAGAUGAGUGGAGAUGAAGAGGUGGACCUUGUGACAGGAUAGAUUUACUGUGUGGACAACCUGCAGGCGAAAGGAAAAUAAUAACGCACUGACGGAGACAGGAGUCGUUGGAAGAGAGGAAACUCCUUAUUAAUCCCAGCUGCCACAGGAGACAUCAGAGUGGACAGCCAGGAAACCCUGAGGUGUAGAUGCAGACAGGUGGACAGCCAGACAUGCUGCUUUUACUUGUGUUUCUCUGCGUUGCUGGAGGACUUUGGGGGCCUGCCCCCACAGCGUGGGGACACAGACGGAUCCAGGACAGACCGGGGCAGGGAGCGCCGCUGUGCCCGUCGCCCUGCCAGUGUGAUGAAGAUGGCAUCUUUAUCAUGGUGGAUUGCUCAGAGAUGGGACUUUCAUCUGUGCCACUCAACCUCAGCCCUCUCACCACAUACCUGGAUCUGAGUAUGAACAACAUCAGUGAGAUCCAGCCCAGAGCCUUCCAUCGACUGCACCUGCUAUCAGAGCUGCGUAUCUCGGGGAAUCAGUUGAGAUAUAUCUCGGGCCAAGCUCUCCAAGGUCUUCACAACCUCAAAGUUCUGAUGCUACAAAACAACCAACUGGAGAGACUUCCUGACGAUGCUCCAUGGGACCUACCCAACCUCCUGUCCUUGCGUCUUGAUGCCAACCUGUUGUCUGAGGUUCCAGCAGAGGCCUUUGGAGGCGUGCGUGCUCUGAGACACCUGUGGUUGGACGACAACACCCUGACAGAGAUCCCCGUGAUGGCCCUGGACUCUCUGCCAUCUCUGCAGGCAAUGACGCUGGCCCUCAACCAGAUCACACACAUCCCAGAUUAUGCAUUCACCAACCUCUCUGCUCUCGUUGUGCUGCAUCUCCACAACAACCACAUCCAAAGCAUGGGCUCGAGAUGUUUUGAAGGUUUACACAGUCUGGAGACACUGGAUUUAAACUACAAUUAUCUACAGGAGUUCCCUGUGGCAAUCAGGACAUUGAGCAAACUUCAGGAACUGGGCUUCCAUAACAACAAUAUCAAAGCCAUCCCUGAGAGGGCCUUUGUGGGAAACCCUCAGCUCCAAACCAUCCAUUUCUAUGAGAAUCCUAUCCAGUUUGUGGGAAAAUCUGCUUUCCAGUUUUUACCUAAAUUACACACACUUUCCCUUAAUGGAGCAACUCAGAUUCAAGAGUUUCCUGAUCUGAAGGGAACCACCAGCCUGGAAAUUUUGACGUUGACUCGGGCUGGUCUCUCAGUUCUCCCUCUGGAUCUUUGCGAACAGCUGCCUCGCCUCAGAGUGCUGGAGCUAUCUUACAACCAGAUAGAGGAUCUUCCCAGCUUUUCCCAUUGUUCUGCACUGCAAGAGAUCGGACUGCAGCACAAUAAGAUCAGGAGGAUAGAGUCAACCACCUUCCAGCAGCUCACCUCUCUCAGAGCUCUUGAUCUGAGCUGGAACAUGAUCGAGUGGAUCCACCCGGAUGGCUUUGCCUCACUUCACUCUCUGAUUAAACUGGAUCUGACUGAGAACCAUCUCAGCUCCGUACCUGUUGCAGGUUUGGGGGGCCUUACCCAUCUCAAAUUAAAGGGAAAUACAGAAUUAUAUGACGCCUUCAGUCCUGACCACUUCCCCCACAUAAGGGUGAUAGAGAUGCCGUAUGCCUACCAGUGCUGCAUAUACACAUCCUGUGACAGUUACAAGCCAGCGAGCCAGUGGGACACGGAGCAGGGCAACACUCAUGAAGACCUGCAAAAGAGGACUGCACCUAUGUACCCCAUCCACGCUGAUUCUAACUAUGACCCGGACCUGGAGGAUUUUCAGCUUGAAAUAGAAGAUUCCAAACUACAGACCAGUGUCCAAUGCACACCCUUACCUGGUCCUUUCCGUCCCUGUGACUCUCUGUUGGGCAGUUGGCUGGUCCGCAUUGGCUUGUGGUCCAUCUCCCUGGUUUCUCUGUUGGGCAACUCCACCAUGCUCCUGUCCCUGUUUGGAUCACCAAGCAAUUUGUCACCACUUCGCUUCACUGUGGCUUGCAUGGGUGCUUCCAAUCUUUUGACAGGUGUGUGUACGUGCACCCUGACCCUUGUGGAUGCUCUAACCCUGGGAGAAUUCAGUCACCACGGUGCCCGCUGGGAGGGGGGUCCUGGUUGUCAGGCGACAGGAUGGGUUUGGGUGUUUGCCUCUGAGGCCAGUGUGUUGCUGUUGACUCUCGCAGCUGUGCAGUGUGGCGUGAGUGUGACGUGCGCCCGCUUCUAUGGAAAAUCCCCAUCCCUUGGAAGUGUACGCACAUGUGCAUUUUUCUGCCUCACUCUGUCCCUCACACUUGCUUCCCUCCCGCUGGUGGGAGUCGGAGAGUACGGGUCUUCACCCUUCUGCCUUCCCUCACCCUUGCCACCCCCAUCCUCUCGCCUGCCAUCUUCCCUAGGUUUCCCUUUGGCACUCAUUAUGAUGAACACCCUGUGUUUGCUCAUAGUCACGGGUUCAUACAUCCGGCUUUACUGGGAGUUACUUAGAGGUGAAUGUGAAGGCUUGUGGGACUGUGCUAUGAUCAAACAUGUUGCCUGGCUAAUAUUCACUAAUGGUCUCCUUUAUGUUCCAGUGGCUUUCCUCUCCCUUUGUUCUCUUCUGGGUCUUCUCUCUUUGGGGGAGGAGGUUCUGAAAUCAGUCCUUCUGCUCCUCCAGCCCUUGCCUGCCUGUCUUAAUCCUCUCCUGUUCCUCCUGUUCACAAGAGACCACUCUCAGUUUUUCUUCUGGCCCCGCCCCAAAGCACGUCCACAGCUGCGCCGAGACCGCACCUUGGACUCGUUGGUUUCUGUGGAAACGGAGAAAAGCUCCUGCUCGGAUUCAUCAACACAGGUGUCGUUCACUGAUGCCGAUGCCACGUGCAGUGGGGGGUCUUCUCCACAGCCCGGACUUGAUCCAAUCCGAUUUUCCCACUACUCCUCCAAAUCCUCUGUUCUGCUCAUUCCUUGUCAAAUACCCACUCUCACUGCCAGAGAUAGGGAGAAGGUAACAGAAUGAUGGACCUAGACUCUGACUCAAGAUGCAGUUCAUACAACUUUGCCCUCUAUAAUAGUCCUAUGUUGACUCACUUUUCUCCCGUGAGCAUCCAAACUAGCUGUCUGAAAAAUCUGGGAUAGUGUGGACAUUCAAGGACCAUCAUCAUACUGCUGCAGGACCAUUUCUGGGGCCGUUGGUCCAUCAGCUCCUUUGAAAGAGUUAACAGAAGCUGUUGAGGACUAUCAAGAAGUUGAUGAGAAAACAACUACGAGCCUCUGCGAAUGGAGAGCGGGACUAAAAGUUGCUUUCACAAAAGACUUUUGAGGAAAGGUCAGUACUGUUGAAAUAAAAGGACAACCUCAAAGAUAUCGAGUUGACUUGAGUCAAUCAUGGACUUGAAAGACAAAGAGAAAACUCAAAACUGUCAACUACAAGGGAAAUGUAAGCAUCAGACAAAUCAAUGGUUUACCCAGUGGAAUAAAUGUUUAUACUAAAAUGUGAUGAGAAAAACAAUUUAAUUACAUUGUUUUUUCCCAAUUUAAGUGGAUGUAUUUCUAAAUGAUAUCCUAUUGCAAAGAUUAAAAUACAGAAGUAGAAAAAGUAAAGGAAAAAAAAAUGAGAUGGGGGUUUAAUGUGACACAGACUAGACCAUAUUUCCACUCUAAGCUAACACUUUUCAUCCACAGCAAAGUUACUUCCAGAUAUAGUACUUUAAAACUGUUAAUUGUUUUUAAAUAAAAAUGUUUAGAUGGCAGGAAAGGCUGCAAAUGAGCUGCAUAUACAGUUUCAUAUGGUUUACAUGGUUUGGUCUCAAAUAUGCAUCUCUGCCCAACAGAUAAGUACUUAUGAAGAAUGGGUGCAGCUAUGUUUUUCUAGACUUUAAAGUAGGCUAGCGAUGUACACACAUAUACAAUGUAACUACCUCUGAACUAGCAUGGCAUUGACCCACUACAGCCUUAUGAUGUUUGUCUCCUUUUCAUAAACAGCAAAUAUAUAAAUUUAUAUAUUAUUGAAAUCUUAGUUUGGGGAGAAAAAAAAACAAAAAAAAACAAAAAAAAAACUUGGACCAUCUAGGUUGUACAUACUUUGUAUACAACUGAUAAGCAUAUGUUUGAAUAAAAUUUAUCUUCAUACUGGACAUACCUCUUGCCUUCUGCUUAUAUUCAAAAAGACACUCACACACACUACACAAGGAGUCUUAGUAGGUAAUAUGUUAAUAAACUUUAAUAUCA